AUGUUCUAUCUUAUCCUUUUCCUCGCACUACAAAUCGUCCUCUUCGGGGCUUGGGUAUCGGGUACCCUUGACCCCUACCAGAAGAAAUUCCAGGAGAUAUUGCUGGAGAUGAUAGGGGAGAAUAAAGUUUCUUAUGGAUUGAAGAAGAGUUUAACUGGCAAGAAACUCAUCGAAGACGAGAACUUCAGCAAGAUCCAAGAUGCAGUGGGUAAUCAGAUAGGAGGUGUGUUUGGGAAGGGAGGAUUGGGCGAUGGAUUGGGAACUAUGCUCAGCAAGGGCCUGUGA